AUGGUGGCACUCAUCUCGGGAACCAACAAUGAUUCGACCUACUCGUCGAACCACGAGUCGAAGGAGUUGAUCGGCCGUGAGUACGAGGAGGAGAAGGAAAUGGUUAAAAGCGUUUCAUCAGUGUAUCUGCAGCUGAACUCGUCCCGUCGUGCCUCAGACAAAAAGCUGUCCGUGGUGCCGGAAGCCGACGAGCAGUCGACCGUCCAGUCGCGUGCCCCGGAAAUGCGGCCGUCGAUUUUGCAGCGCAACGCGGCCGCCGCGGUGGCCGCAGAGAGGACUAUCGCGGAAAUUGCG